AAAUAAAACAAGUGACCACAACAGAAAGUGAACUCUAACUUGAGAAUCAUGGAUCAAAUCAUCUUCAACUCAAACCCUUUCCUUUUAACUCUUUUCGCAUUGCUCCCAGUUCUCUUCUUCGCAAUUGUCAAAAAUAAGAUCAAAUCAAAAAAGCUAAACCUUCCUCCAUCUCCCUCAAAACUUCCAAUCAUUGGAAACCUUCAUCAAAUAAGUAACCUACCCCACAACUCACUCCACGACCUCUCACUCAAACAUGGACCGUUAAUGUUCGUGAACCUUGGAACCACUCGGUACCUCAUUGUCUCGUCCGCUGAUGCUCUCGAAGAGAUCACCAAGAACCACGACAUCACCAUCUCAAAUCGACCCACCAGCACUAGCCUUAAUCCUCUCAAGGGUAAUGGUCAAGACUUGGCGUACCAUCCGUAUGGGGAUCACUGGAAGGGAGUAAGAAAGAUCACUGCACUUCAUCUGCUGAGUAAGAACGUCGUGAACCGGUUUCAGACGCUGAGAGAUGAAGAGAUCUCGAGUAUGUUGGAGACUAUUCAUUUUUCGAGCCUAAAAGGUGAAGAGAUCGAUAUGUCCCAUAUGUUCAACACCGUGGUUAGCAAUGUCUUUCAUAGGUCGUACACGGGUAGGUACAAAAAGGAAGAGAAGAAAGGGCUGGAGAAUGCGACGCGGGUCUUCUUGAAUUGGGAUGUCCAGUUCAAGAAGGUCUUGGGAUCUUUCUGCGUACAGGAUUUGUUUCCGAUCUUGGCGUGGAUGGAUAGAUUUACGGGUUUCAAAACUCUUUUAAAGAGUACUUACUUGGAGUUGGAUGAUAUUAUGGAGACUCUCAUCAAUGAAAGAGAGAAGGACAGCUUCGUGGAUGUUCUUCUUCAUCAACGAGACAACGAUAAGCAUGACUAUGACGUCAAAGCAAUCAUGCAGGGUAUAUUUGUGGCGGCUAUAGAAUCUGUAGCCUUGGAGCUAGAGUGGUUAUUGGCCGACCUCAUCAAGCACCCCCAAGUUAUGAGGAAAGCACAAGAAGAGGUGCAACGCAUAGUUGGGACCAAAUCUAAGAUAACCAAUAAUGAAAUAGAUCAAAUGCAAUAUUUGAAAUGUGUAAUCAAGGAGACAAUGAGGCUGCACCCUGCGGGAACAGUUCCGAGAGAGACGUCAUCAAAGUGGAUCAAAGUAGGCGGCUACGACAUCCCUCCAAAGACCAAACUAUUGGUGAAUCUGUUUGCUGUCCAGCGUGACCCUAAAAUUUGGGAAAACCCUGAAGAUUUUAUCCCUGAGAGAUUCCUAGACAAGAGCAUUGAAUAUAUGGGGAGCAAAGGGUACGCACCAUUUGGUUUUGGUCGUAGGAAUUGUCCCGGUAUGGCUUAUGGUAACGCGUUGAUCGAGGAGAUUAUGGCGAAUCUACUGUACCGGUUUGACUGGAAGAUGCCUGAUGGCUCUAAACCGGAAGAGAUUAACAUGGAGGAGAUAUGCCAAUUUGUUGUCGCAAAGAAGUACCCUAUCAAGCUGGUUCCUGUUCCAAGGUUUAAGAUCAAAGCCUAGGGGGUUGAUGCGGUUUCCCUAUUAAGUGUUAUAUGAGGCCAAGCCAUUUGGUUUGCUAAUAAGUGAGAUAACUGUUUGUUUCCGUUAUCUAAUAAUAUUACU